AGCCCACCAUCAACUCCCCCGUGUCUCUCUUUAUUUUAUGCCUUUGGAGAAGGAAAAAAAAAAAAAUCCCUGCCAGGGCACGUCUGAACUGUGACAGCCCCGCCCAUUACUAGUCCUGUGGUUUUGCACCUGCCUCACCACCCCUGCCACUUUGAGCGCAAACCCUCCAGGAGCUCCUUUACCUGCACUGCAGCGUUUAUUCAGCCCUUACUAACUGAAUGCUCUUCUGCUAUAUGUCUGCUCCACGGCUCCACUGAGGCAUCACGCUGUGAACAGGUAUGCAACAUGAGGGCUAUCUGAGCAGCAACUGCAGCCCACCCCGAACUGAUGAAGACGCAGCGGUAAAAAAAAAAAGAAAAGAAAUCGGUGCAGCCAGCAGCUAAGAUUUGGUGAGUGUUUCAUGUCAGAGGAGAGAAAUCUGCGCGCCCGAGUGUCCUUGCACAACGGGUACAUGUGCUAAGUAACGGAGGAGGUGGACGUAAACAUGCAUUAAGUGACAGUGGCAACCAGGUAGUCUACUACGCAAGAGCGCUCCCUCCGGACCUCCUCACUGAACUUUACCCGCUGAGCUUUGACGCGAUGGCUGCUGCUGCUGCUGCUUUGGGGGAAGUUGGAGGCGUCUUGCACGGCAUCGAUGGUGUCGCACAGGUCGGGUCCCAUUUCCUCCUGACCCCUUUUGGGGACAGUCCGACGCUUUUGGGGGAACACCUCAUACCUGGGGACAGGCUGUCCCGGAGCACCGCGGCGGAUUUAACGCACCUCAAAGGGAUUCUCAGGAGGAGACAGUUAUACUGCAGAACUGGUUUCCAUCUGGAAAUACUUCCGGAUGGCACAGUGCAAGGGACGAGGAAGGACCACAGCCGUUUUGGUAUUUUGGAAUUCAUAAGCCUUGCUGUUGGGUUGAUAAGCAUUAGAGGGGUGGACAGUGGACUCUAUCUGGGGAUGAACGACAAAGGAGAGCUGUAUGGCUCUGAGAAGCUCACAGCUGAAUGUGUCUUCAGGGAGCAGUUUGAGGAGAACUGGUACAACACAUACUCCUCCAACCUGUACAAACACGGAGACAAAGGGACGCGUUACUUUGUGGCAUUAAACAAAGACGGGACACCAAGGGACGGGACUAAAUCCAGGCGGCAUCAGAAAUUUACACACUUCUUGCCCAGGCCUGUGGACCCUGACCGUGUGCCAGAGCUGUACAGGGAUAUCCUGGGACACAGCUGAGACCCGGAGGCCGGGUCCAGUUCAGGAAGUUGCUAAAGCCCUGGCAGGCAGGGCAGCAGAGAAGAGGAGAGGGACGCAGGCAAAGAUGUGGCCGGUGCAGGCUGGUGGACAGCGGCCCGACCGGCAGGGAUAAAGGCAUCAGGGCCUCUUAUAGGAAUGCAUGGGCCAUCUCUCAGCAGCCAGGAAGACGGGCUAGAAUGUCUGCACGCUCGGCAUGAGGGGGUUGUUUGUUUCAGAGGCCAGACGGCCCUAAAAAGUACCUGCGUGGAAUAGGAGAUGAAUGGGAAACGGAGCUGAAUGAUCAGGGAGCAUGUCCUCUGGUCAGAUGGGGACGACAGCUCAGUCCAUGGGAAUCUGUACGAUCAUGAAAUGGUACUUUUAAUGUGGGUACUGUGUCAGAGAGUUUGUUUAGAAGGACUUUGAAGGAAUUCAUGUUUUUGUUUUCUUACCUGUGUCUAGACCUGUUUAUAAAGAGCAAAAAGUGUAACAAUUUAUUUAUUCAUUUUAGGUACAUAUAUUUAUGUUAUAUAUUUAUUUAUUUGAGAAUAUAUUUUUACAGUUAGAUACAUGCAAUAUAGAAAAACCACUAGAAACUGUAUUGAUUAUAUAAAGACUGAGACACUGUACCAUUAUGUCUUUUAUUUAGAAAAAAGCUCAGCUAUUGAUAUACUGUAAUAAGACCAAAAAAUAUGAAACAUAUUGGCAACAUUUGGAAAAGAACCCCACAUCUGAAAUGCAUUUUAUCACAAUAUGGAAACUGUGAAUCAAUUUGAAAAGAAUCGUUGUAACGUUGACAUAUUCAUUUUAACCAAACUACUGUUACAUGUGUUACAGGAGGAAUCUGAAGUCAACACACUGACAAUACAAUUAAUAAAUUGCUCAAAAUGUGA